AUGAGUGAACCAGAACCAGCAGACCCGGGCGACGAUCGACCGAGCACCGUAUCGCCAGAGAAGAGGACCCCGCGCGCCCGGUAUACCGACCAGGAGGAUCCCGAGUCGCAACGCGCCCGCGUCAGCAAAGAUGAUUUCGACGACGAUCUAGAAUUGGGCAAUUUGCCUCUCCUCCCAGGCGACCCAGCCAGACACGGGCAGGGGGACGGCGAGAGCGAUUUUGAUUUCGAUAUCGAGUCGGAGGAUAUUCAGUUUCGCCAUGACCCGUCGUUUUCGUGCUCCCCUGCCGGGUUUGUCGCGUGGCUGCGCGGCCCGUCGCCGCCAGAUGUGUAUCAUAUAAACCCUUGGUUUCCGAAGUGGCAGGCUGCGCCGGCGCGCCUGGUCGAACGAUGGGUGCCGUCGAAGUAUGGGAAAAUUGGGCUAGUACUUGGUGUGCUGGUGUUUUGGAUUGGAGUGUUUUUCUCGUUGUUGCAGGCUUCUGUAGCUGGAGAAGAGGUUGCGGGAUUGGGAAAGCCUGUAAAACUCUUGUGUCACGAUCGAUUGUGGCGCAACGCCACCAACUGCGGCUUGGAUGGAGAUCUUUGCCGUCCAUUCGAGGAGCAGUCAUUUGCCUUCCGCUGCCCAGCGGGCUGUGCAGCUUCGAUUCUUCUGGAGCCAUAUUGGGUUGGAGACCAAGAGCUCAACUAUCAGCCGCUGGUCGUGGGCGGAAAGCCGUUCAGAAUGGACGGAGUACAUAGUGGUUCUUAUCGCGGUGAUUCAUCCAUUUGUGCAUCGGCGCUCCAUGCUGGAAUGAUCAGCGAUGCAAAGGGUGGCUGCGCAAUCUUGCACCGCAAAGGCGCCCGAGACAGGUUUCCCAAUGCAACCUUGAACGGCGUGCAGAGCGUUGCUUUCGAUUCUUAUUUUCCAUUCUCGUUUCAGCUAUCGAAGAAUGCACCAGCUGUCGGAUCGGAAGGCGAAAAACCGAUCGAGUGCUCGGAUAUCCGCUGGCAGCUGUUUGCCUUCACCCUAGUUUGGACAACGAUCAUAUCUAUGACCGUCACCUCAGCGCCGGUGUUCUACUCGCUGAUCUAUUUUAUCGUAUGGUUCCAAGUCGCCAUGGCCUCUGACCCUCCUACCUCUGACUUCUUGGACCGCGUUUCAAUUGGCCUUGGACGAUUUCUGCCCGGGGCACUGGCAGGCUUCGUGAUUUACUACUUCUGCGUGCGACACACGCUUGCCCACCUGGAUGCGCAUGCCGAAAAGACUGUCCUGUGGCUCGGGGGCUGCUGGGUCGGUGCCUUGAACGCAGAUACAUUCGACCGCAUCCCAAUUUCACGCCUCACGCCCCAUGAUAUCCAACAACAACCCGGCGCAGUCACGGCGCUGAUCAUUAUUGUCAGCUUCCUGGUCGUCGUAUUCUUCCUCCAGGCGCAUGCCUUCCGUCGUGAGGGCCGCUUCUUCCCCCUGCUGCGACUAUACGGCCUGUUCGCUUUGGGUAUCGUCAUCUUCGUCGCGGUGCCGAAAAUGAACCUCCGCAUUCACCACUACAUCAUUUCGCUGCUCCUGCUUCCUGGCACUGCGGUGCAGACUCGUCCCAGCCUUCUCUUCUCUGGGAUUCUAGUAGGGCUCUUCAUCAACGGGAUUGCGCGGUGGGGCUUUGACUCGAUCCUUCAAACCCCUGCUGCACUCCUUGACGGCGCCAAGCUCGGUACUCCGCCCCCCGUGAUCGAUCCACCGACCGUGGUAGACGCAACCAACAUUGUCUUCAAGUUCCCAGAAUUACCUCCGCAUGUCGACGGUAUCAGUGUGCUGGUCAACGAUGUCCAGCGUUAUCUGGAGUUCAAGGCGAAGGAUGCUGCGAUCGUCAAAGAUUUCGCUUGGAAGCGUGUCAACCCCAAUCUGACGGAGUAUCUGCGCUUUGGUUAUGCGCACUUGAAGCUCAUGGGAGGAACCUGGUAUGAGGACUUUACGCCGGCGUCGAGUUGGGCUGCAAACGGCACAUUCUACUACCAUGAUGUGUAG